GUUCCUUAAAAGUUAUAUUCUCUUUAAGAACACUGAUAUUUACCCAGCGCUAUGUCCCAUAAGCCAGAAAUAUCUCCAGUGGAACAGGAAGCUCGUGCGAAGCUACGGGAGAGGUUUCUUCAAGGGAUCAGUGAGCUGCGUGGACAAAGCUGCACAAUCCUUACAUAUGAGCAAACGGAGCUCAAUGCAACAUUCUCCGGAUGGCAGCCCGAUGGCACUGAAAUGCUGGUCCGGGACUUAAGGACACCGGCCAGUACCAUUCCUUCUGCACGUCUGAGAACUCCUGAUGUGUUAGCGAUACAUUUUGAUACAGAUAUACAGCUACCUUAUGAAUGUGUUAAUAUUAUAUUUUUAAGGUAUUGUAUGACACUAUUAAGAAAACCAAAUCAGAUCUUUUUCCACAAGUUCUAUAGAGUUAAAUACAUGUGCACUUGUCCAGCAUGUGCUUUUUGA